CAAAAUGGCUGCCUCCAAUGAGGAAAUUUUGGAAUAUCAUCCAUCUGUUUCCAAUAUUAUAGAACAAACGUCUUUAAAAUGGAUAUUUGUAGGAGGAAAGGGAGGCGUUGGGAAAACUACAACCAGUUGCAGUUUAGCAUCACAGUUGGCACAACACAGAGAGUCAGUUUUAAUAAUAUCAACAGAUCCAGCUCAUAAUAUCUCUGAUGCCAUGAAUCAAAAGUUUUCUAAAACACCAUCAUUAGUUAGUGGUUUUACCAAUUUAUAUGCUAUGGAAAUUGACCCUAAUUUAGGUAUAUCUGAAUUACCAGAUGAAUAUUUUGAACAGGGUGAUAUGAUGAGUGUAGGGAAAUCUAUGCUCAGUGAACUGUUAGGAGCUUUCCCUGGUAUAGAUGAGGCCAUGAGCUUUGCUGAAGUCAUGAAGUUAGUGAGGAACAUGAAUUUCUCAGUGGUAGUAUUUGAUACAGCCCCCACUGGUCAUACAUUAAGAUUAUUAUCAUUUCCUAGUAUUAUAGAAAAAGGUUUAGGUAAAUUAAUGAGACUCAAGAACCAAAUCAGCCCUUUCAUAUCUCAGAUUGGUGGGUUAUUAGGUAUGCAGGACAUCAAUGCUGAUCAAAUGUCUGGUAAAUUAGAUGAAAUGUUAGCUACUAUCAGACAAGUUAAUGAACAAUUCAAAAAUGCUGAUCAGACCACAUUUGUUUGUGUUUGUAUAGCCGAAUUUUUAUCCUUAUAUGAAACAGAGCGUUUGGUUCAAGAAUUGACACAGUAUGGUAUAGAUACACAUAAUAUCAUUGUCAAUCAGUUACAUUUUAUACCUAAAGGGGAACAACCAUGUAAAUUAUGUCGUGCUAGAAAUAAAAUACAGUCCAAAUAUCUUGACCAGAUUGAUGAUUUAUAUGAAGAUUUUCAUGUGAUAAGAUUACCACUUCAAGAAGAAGAAGUGAGGGGCGUGGACAAAAUAAAAGACUUUUCCCAAUAUUUAAUUGAACCUUAUUCUGUUGAUAAAUAAUGUUAUUUAUGUU